AUGAUCAAGAUACUGACGAGGUCAAGGAAAAAAAUCACAGUUUAUUAUGCGUCAGUAGCAUUAUGGGCACUAUUAAUUCUCACAUGGUAUCACUACAACUACAAGUCUGAAAAUAUAGUCAACCACUCUAUAUACGACAUAUAUGAUGAGCAUUACAAUCAAUCACCCAAGCUUAACCAUCGACCAUCAACUCUGAAACUUUUUGGAACAUCCAACAAUGUAAAUAACCCAUCACUUCCCAACACAGCCACAGAAUCCGAUUCACUCGUGGAAGACGAUGAUGGAUUUCCUGAUUUCAAAAACACAACCAUAUAUCAAUCAUUACUUGAUGAUUACAAUAUUUCAAAGGAGAUAGAUUUCCAUUCUACUGUAUAUGACUCAAUUUUUCAACAACAUUCACUAGAUUCAGUAUUGGGUAAUUUGAACUUCAAACAACGAUGUGAUUUAUACUUUAAGCACAUUUUCUUGAAUAAUCCAAAUUGGAUAUUUGAUCCUAAUGAAAACUACAACGUGGUUUGGGGUGGACCGUUUCUGGAAUAUAAAAGGAUGCAUAAGGAGGAGUUAGAGAGGGAAUAUGAAAAAUUAUUAAAAUUGAAAGAACAGGAAAUAGUUGAACCUCCCAAAGAACCAAGUGAGAUUGAAUUGCACUUAAAGUUGCAGAAACUCCAACGAAUAGAACAUCAAAAAGAACAAGCUUUGAAAAAACCUAACGCUCAGCAGAGGCACAACCAAAAUGUGCCAUCACUACAAAAAGGACAAAAUGGACCCGUCAGCAACCAAUUGAACUCAAGAGAAGUACCAUUUGAAAAUUCUCCCGAUUACAAAGAAUUUCAACGAGCUUCAUACAUAAAAUGGAAAUCUCACGAAAUGGAUCAAAAAAUCGUUGACAAUGUAAGCAUUCUAAGGUUAUACAACAAGUGUUACAUCACCAAUGACGAGCCAAAACAACAAAAACUGACAACGAAAUUCAUCAAGGAACAAAAAUUACUAAUACGGCAAAUUGAUGAUGAAGUUACUCAACUUCCUAAAUUUACCCCCUCAGAUCAAGAAAAACGGAUUGCUGAUGUUGAAUUUAGUGAAGUUUUCCAACGUCGGGUAUAUCCUUGGCUUUCUUUUGAAUUACCAGUGUUUGAACGAUGGACUGGUGAUAUUUCCAAUUUGCCACCAAAUUAUCGAGAAAUACUCAAUGACCCAACUCAACCAUUGGCUAAAUCGUCUAAACAAUCGAACAAUUUUCUUCGAAAUUUCAAAAGCUCAUGUCAAGGCAAAGGUAUUGUUUUAUCCAUAGCUGAUAAACAUGUUGAUUAUACAGUCAGUUUAAUCCAUUUACUUCGUGCAUUGAAUAACAAACUACCUAUUCAAAUUGUUUAUUUUGAUAACUUGAGUGAUGAUACAAAGACAAAAAUAGUCACUGCUGCUCGUGAAGAUUUCUCCCAUUUACCUCAAUCAUAUUACAAGAUUUCUCACUUGUUUCCCUCGGAUUACCUUGAUCCAAGUUCAAAGGGGUUACCUAAACAGGAAGUAUGGUUCGUCAACACUGCAAGUGUGAUCAAUGAGCGAUACAAGAUGAAAUUUGGUGGAUUUGCAAACAAGUUGCUAGCGACUUUUUUCAACUCGUUCAAUGAAAUGAUGGUUAUUGAUGCUGAUACAGUAAUGAUGCAAAACCCUAAAGAAUAUUUCGAACUUCAAGGAUACAAAGAUACAGGAACAUUCUUUUUCCGUGAUCGUGCAGUUAUACAAAACAGGGCAUUACUGGACGGUCAGUUUUUCAAAAAAAUUUCUCAAUCAACCAUUGAUUCAAUCAUGUUUGAUGUACCUUUACUUACUGAUUUCACACUACGUCGUGAUUAUUUUCGUGGAUUAUUGCAUACAAUGGAAUCAGGAAUGGUUCUUAUUAAUCGUCAGCUACAUUUCAAUUCCAUUCUUAUGAUUGUUCAUAUGAAUUUUAUGCAUCCCUUAAAGCGUCUUUCUUAUGGAGAUAAAGAGCUCUAUUGGCUUGGUUUUGCUCUUGCUGGUGAUGAAAAUUAUCAUUUCAAUAAACAUGGAGCAGCAGCAAUUGGACAAAUGACUGAUCCACAUGAACGUUUACGACCAGAUGGAUCCAUACACAACUCAAAAGAAUUGUGUUCACCCCAUCCUGGUCACAUUAGUGAAGAAAAUAAUCAUACUUUACUAUGGAUCAAUUCAGGAUUUCGAUUCUGUCAUCAAGCACCCAUGGUCAAUUUCGCCAAAGAAGUUACGUUAGGAACGAGAUUGAAAUUCCUCCCGCAAACAAUUGAAGCAUUCAAGACAUUCUACUAUAGUCCCCUUAGAAUUAAAACGGCAAUUGUACCUCCGCAAGAUCCCGAAAUUCAUCAUCGAAGAAAUAUUCAAGAUGAACCUACUCAUGGAUGGUUUAUGGAUCAACAUUAUUGUCAUAAGUAUCUUUGGUGUGCAUAUCUGGCAAUUGGUGGGAAAGUUAAUGAAUACGAAGAUAACACUUUGCAAGGGUUGGUUAUCGAGUAUAGUUCAAAAGAAAGGGCAAUAUUUGAUUAUUUGGGUGAUAUUUGGAUAGGGAUGGAAUAA